AAUGAAAAAUAGUUUCACAAAUAACACUUUGCGAGUAAAAUCCAAAUUGAAUGGAGGUCCAUGAACCCAAAUGGAAGAAAUUAGCGAAAUACUCAGAAAAUUCAAUUAAUUCUAGCAUAAACAAUAUCGAUGAUGGCUGUCUCAUGCAUAUCUUCAGCUUCCUAAACCCUAUUCCAGAUCGGUAUAACACCGCCCUCGUUUGCAACAGAUGGCGUUUUCUAGCAUGUCAUCCUCGACUUUGGCUGCGAGUAGAUCGUUCCAUCAAAGAUCACUCUGAGCCAGGGGUUUACCCCAGCAUUGAGGCAGCUGUCUCUGCUGCCAGGCCUGGAGACACUAUACUGAUUUCAGCAGGAGGAAUUCAUCGCGCUUCCAACAUUCAGAUCAAGAAGCCUCUUUGCCUGAUCGGUUCGGGUGAGCUUCCUGAUGAUACAACACUCAUCUGCUCCCGUGGCUCUGACAGUGCGUUGGAGUUCUUGUCAACAUGCAAGCUGGCUAACUUGACGGUGAGGGCAGAGCUCGGUUGUUGCCUGCUUCAUAGGAGUGGGAGGUUGACCAUUGACGGGUGCAUUCUUCAGUGUGAGUCAAAUCCAUUGGACCAUCUCUCGCAUGCAAUUGUGACCACUGCAUCUAGCUCUGUAGUCUCAUCUGUGCUUAAGAAUUGUGGCGACUGUGUUUCUGUUUCACGUACAAGAAUUGAAGGAGGUGCAAAAGCUGUUUUGACCAGUGGAACUCUCUCGCUGCAGCGAGUUAGAGUCAUGUGUACUCGUGCUUCCCUCAUUUUCUGGUUCAACGUCGAGCAUCGUUGACAGACAUCUGUAGUGUACUCAUUUUUCUUUUGUUUGGCAGGGUGGGACUAGAGAGGGGAGGUGGUUAUUUUAUUUCCAGAUUUACAUAUUAUCCUCUGUAUUAUUAUUUAUUACUGCUUCAAUAUAAUCUAUGCCAGUAUUGUGCUUCAAAUC